AUGGGGCGGAAGAAAGUGAAGCAAAAGCCGGCCCCCCAAACCCCCGCCUCGGCCAAGUCCGGUGGCACCAAAGGAGGAAAAGGACCGACCAAACCGGGAGCGGGCACGGCCAAGGCCACCCCUCCCAAGCUGAAGCUGGGGAGACCACCCCGCUCCGCGGCGGUGGUGCUCUCAGCCCUGGAGGGGGCAGCGGAAGGUUUCUUGGCGGAGGUCUUGAAAUACGUCCGAGAGAGGGUGUGUCUCGAGCCCUUCGGUAUUCAAGGCCUCCGCCCAAGACGAGCACUCACCAGGGCCAUAAUCCUAGAGGUCCCUGGUGAUAAUAGUGACACCAAGGCGGAGGCGUUGUACAACGCGAUGCUCCCCUUGGUGUCCGAGAAGGGGGGACGACUCGCGAGACCAACGAAGACCGUUGAAUUACGUGUUCGAGAUCUUGACGAGUCGAUCUCUCCCGAGGAGAUCAAAGAAGCUGUGGGGUCCGCCGGGGGCUGCCGGUCGACCGAGGUGAAGGUCGGCCGAUCUCGUGCCUCCCCCGGUGGGCUGUCCACAGCAUGGGUGCAGUGCCCACUGACCGCGGCUCGAAAGGUUGUCGAGGCCGGGACGCUCAGGGUCGGCUGGGUACGUGCACCCAUAGAAGUACUGGAGAGGCGGCCCUGCAGUGCCACAGAUGUCUCCGGCGCGGGCACGUGA